UCCACCCGAGUUACGCCAGCGUUUUCCUCGCCGAAUCUCCCACACGAGUGGUGCGCUGGUGUUUGUCGCGUCCGGAUGCGCGUCUGCAGCAUGUUGCUCGCGCAUAGUUGAUCUUCGUCGGCAGGUUUUCAAAGGCCUUCUUUCUGCUCUCGCCGCUACAAAACAGGAAGAAGAGAGAAGUAAAGAAAAGAAAAGAAAAGAGAAGAAAAGCAUCGGAAAUCCUAAUUCCAAUGGAGGGAGUCUCGGGGGAUGCCGGCGACAGUUCUUCCAUUGCGAAAUGGAGAAGCGAAUUCUGGAAAACUUUCCAGCACUACCUCGACAGAUCGACCCCGCAUUCGUUAGGUCGAUGGCUGGGAACUGCGGGCCUUGCGUCGAUCUACUCCCUCCGCGUCUAUUACCUUCAAGGAUUCUACAUCGUGACGUACGGCCUUGGCAUCUACUUGUUGAAUCUCUUGAUCGGAUUCUUGUCGCCGAAGGUGGAUCCGGAGUUGGAAGUCAUGGACGGGCCGUCUCUCCCCACCAGGGGCUCUGACGAAUUCAAGCCCUUCAUGCGGCGGCUCCCGGAGUUCAAGUUCUGGUAUUCCAUUACAAAGGCCUUCUGCGUAGCUUUUGUUAUGACCUUCUUUUCUAUGUUCGAUGUUCCAGUCUUCUGGCCCAUAUUGUUGUUCUACUGGAUUGUUCUCUUUGUCCUGACAAUGAAGCGUCAAAUUGUCCACAUGAUUAAAUACAAAUAUGUCCCGUUCAGCAUUGGGAAACAGAAGUACACCGGCAAGAGGUAUUCUUCUGGAAGCAGUAGUUCAUCCAGGGACUGAACUUUGGUGUCGGUGCAGUUCCCGUUAUCACAAAGCAUGUUGCCUUGUUGAUUUUGUACUUUUAAACAUAUAUGUGUAAUUUGACAUCCAAAAUCCUGCCUUUUUGGGGCUGCGACGGCACAUGCAAGGGCAUAUAUGAUGAUUCAUUCCUUUGUUUUUAGUUUCCUUUCAAGUUUAUCUCGAAUGUAAUUUGUACGAAUAUUGUACUGACUAUCAGUUUCAAUGCCAUCAGGUUAGUAUGUUAGUUUGAUCAGUGAA